UUACAGCUAUUUUUGCUAUUAGUAAUAAGACAUUUUACUAAAACCAAAAUCUGCUCAAAGAACAUUAUAAGCUCUUUGGAUCUGUGUCUUAAUUGAAUGUCAGAAGUUUAAUAAACCAACGAGGAAAUGUCCUACCUUAUUUAAAAUGUAGCGGUAAAUUACGCUUUCACACUCACUUUUGAUUCAUCACAAAUGUCCGUAAGGUGAUGCUGUUCUGUUAAACAAUUACAUUUGUUAUAUUUUCUUACCUAUUUCCUUAAUCACUAGGUUAUUAUUCCCAUUAUUAUUUCUCUACUAUUUUGCUUUUACAAGUCUUGGCGUACAUGUACUGGGCAUCAGUUUUAGAAACUCUCUGACUUUGAUUUGUUUUUAUCACAUCAGGUGAGGCACAGUAUUGAACAGCAAGAAAAAGGUUAAAGAAAAUAACAGGAAUAAAAGAUUGUAGUAUCUUCUAUAUGCGUUUUUGGUAGCACCGAUGCCACCAAAAUUCUAUUUUGAUUCCCUCAUUCAAUAGCAAUAAUAAUGUUUUCAUGACUAUCACAGCUUGAAACACGCACGCAGGCACACACAGACACACACACACACACACCACUACCACCCCCUACCCCCCUCCUCACGCUGCCAGUCUGUCCUAAGGCAGUGGCAGAUGCCUGAUUGGUGGGCUCUGUUUAUUCUGUGAGCAGAUUCCUUCUGAAAGAAGGCAGGCCAUGACUGCCUGAAGCCUAUUGGCCAGGACUGCUCUGGACCCUCCCUUUCUUUUUCUCAGCACACACCAUAGCGAAGUCUGUGCGGAAUCCUAAACCAGCCCAAUUUACAUCCAUUCAUGAAUCUGUGACGUCAGCAAGCCUUCAGGCUUCUCUGCGGUGGGCUGGAAGAUUGUGCGGGUGGAAUCCCCCUCCUCCUUAUUUUUCUAAUUCUGCAAGGCUUUUUAAAUGAACCUUCCAUCUUUUUUAAAGCAAGAAACUGGACCGGCAUGUGUAGGAAUUCUUCAUUGUUGUUCUGACGCCCCCUCUUACAUCGGAACUCUACUGUAAUGAUCCUCUGAGUGUCAUCUCAGGACCUCGGGCACACUCAUGGCACGAUGGCCAACCCUCAGGAGCACCUGAGCUGCUCCUCUUCUCCACGUUUGCCUUUGAGUGAAAACAAAACUUUCAAUGGACUACAAGAUGACCUCGCACCUAUGGGGAGCCACGCUUCCCCCAAGCUUCUUAAGGACCAGCAGGAAAAGGGCAUGGUGCAAACUGAGCUAGCUGAGGGCACGAACAGCCCCAUCACCACAACAGUGUUGACAAGCAUAAGUGAGGAUUCCAGGGACCAGUUUGAGAACAGCGUUCUUCAGCUAAGGGAACAAGAUGAAUCGGAGAUGGCCAUGUCUCAUGGGAACAGCAACACUGUGGAUGGAGAGGGCACAAGUGGAACUGAAGACAUCAAGAUUCAGUUCAGCAGGUCGGGCAGCGGCAGUGGUGGGUUUCUUGAAGGACUAUUUGGAUGCUUAAGGCCUGUAUGGAAUAUCAUUGGGAAGGCAUAUUCCACUGAUUACAAAUUGCAGCAGCAAGAUACUUGGGAAGUGCCAUUUGAGGAGAUCUCAGAGCUGCAGUGGCUGGGUAGUGGAGCCCAGGGAGCUGUCUUCUUGGGCAAGUUCCGAGCGGAGGAGGUGGCCAUCAAGAAAGUGAGAGAACAGAAUGAGACGGAUAUCAAGCAUUUGAGGAAGUUGAAGCACCCUAACAUCAUCGCUUUCAAGGGUGUUUGUACUCAGGCCCCAUGUUACUGUAUCAUCAUGGAAUACUGUGCCCAUGGACAACUCUAUGAGGUUUUGCGAGCUGGCAGGAAAAUCACACCUCGAUUGUUAGUAGACUGGUCCACGGGAAUUGCAAGUGGAAUGAAUUAUUUGCACCUUCAUAAAAUUAUUCAUCGUGAUCUCAAAUCACCUAAUGUUUUAGUGACUCACACAGAUGCAGUAAAAAUUUCAGAUUUUGGUACAUCUAAGGAACUCAGUGAUAAGAGUACCAAGAUGUCUUUCGCUGGCACUGUUGCCUGGAUGGCACCAGAAGUGAUACGGAAUGAACCUGUCUCUGAAAAAGUCGAUAUAUGGUCUUUUGGAGUGGUGCUUUGGGAGCUGCUCACAGGGGAGAUUCCGUACAAAGAUGUAGACUCUUCAGCCAUUAUUUGGGGGGUUGGAAGCAAUAGCCUACACCUUCCAGUUCCUUCCACUUGCCCUGAUGGAUUCAAAAUCCUUAUGAAGCAGACAUGGCAGAGUAAACCUCGCAACCGACCUUCUUUUCGGCAGACGCUCAUGCAUUUGGACAUUGCAUCUGCAGAUGUACUUGCCACCCCACAAGAAACCUAUUUCAAGUCUCAGGCUGAAUGGAGAGAAGAAGUGAAAAAGCACUUUGAGAAGAUCAAGAGUGAAGGAACCUGUAUCCACCGAUUAGAUGAAGAACUUAUUCGAAGGCGCAGAGAAGAGCUCAGGCAUGCUUUGGAUAUUCGUGAGCACUAUGAGCGGAAACUUGAGCGGGCUAAUAAUUUGUACAUGGAACUGAGUGCCAUCAUGCUGCAGCUAGAGAUGCGGGAAAAGGAGCUCAUCAAGCGUGAGCAGGCCGUGGAGAAGAAGUGUCCUGGGACCUACAAACGACAUCCUGUUCGUCCAAUAAUCCACCCCAAUGCCAUGGAGAAGCUCAUGAAGAGGAAAGGCAUGCCUCACAGACCUGGGAUGCAGGCCAAGCGGCCAGAUCUGUUGAGAUCUGAAGGUAUCCCCAGUGUGGAAGUGGCUCCCACGGCAUCCCCUUUAUCCGGAAGUCCCAAACUGUCCUCCUCCAGCAGCAAAAGCCGAUAUCGGAGUAAACCACGCCACCGACGGGGGAACAGCCGAGGCAGCCACGGUGACUUUGCGGCCAUCUUGAAAAACCAGCCAGCCCAGGAGGAUUCGCCCCAUCCCACUUCCCUCCACCAAGCUGAGCCCCAGUACCCAUCUCCCCAGCACCAUAAUCCUCUGCAGCAGCAAUACCAGCAACCCCCACCUGCCGUGUCGCAGAGUCACCAUCCCAGACUCAAUAUGCACGGACAGGACAUUGCCACCUGCGCCAACAACCUGAGGUACUUUGGUCCUGCAGCAGCCCUGCGGAGCCCACUCAGCAACCACUCUCAAAGACAGAUGCCUGGCUCUAGCCCUGACCUCAUCUCCACGGCCAUGGCGGCCGAUUGUUGGAGAAGUUCUGAGCCUGACAAGGGCCAGGCUGGCCCCUGGGGCUGUUGUCAGGCUGACCCCUAUGACCCCUGCCUCCAGUGCAGGCCAGAACAGCAUGGGUCCCUAGACGUCCCCUCGGCCAAGCCGGUGGGGAGGAGCCCCAACCUUUUCAAGCCACCAGCACACAAUCCCCUCUUGGAAAAUGCCCAGGGUUCUGAGAAAAUGGAAGAAAAUGAAUUCAGCGGUUGUCGGUCUGCAUCAUCCCUUGGCGCCUCUCAUCACAUCACUCCCCCAGUGCUACCUCGCAAAACAAGGCCACUUCAGAAGAGUGGAGAUGACUCCUCUGAAGAGGAAGAAGGGGAAGUAGAUAGUGAAGUUGAAUUUCCACGAAGACAGAGGCCCCAUCGCUGUAUCAGCAGCUGCCAGUCAUAUUCCACCUUUAGCUCUGAGAAUUUCUCUGUGUCUGAUGGCGAGGAAGGAAAUACCAGUGACCACUCAAACAGCCCUGAUGAGUUAGCAGAUAAACUCGAAGAUCGCCUGGCAGAGAAGCUUGAUGACCUGCUGUCCCAGACGCCGGAGAUCCCCAUUGAGAUAUCCUCACAUUCGGACGGGCUCUCUGACAAGGAGUGUGCCGUGCGUCGCGUGAAAACACAGAUGUCUCUGGGCAAGCUGUGUGCGGAGGAACGUGGCUAUGAGAAUCCUAUGCAGUUUGAAGAAUCGGACUGUGACUCUUCAGAUGGGGAGUGUUCUGAUGCCACGGUCAGGACCAAUAAACACUACAGCUCUGCUACCUGGUAAUGAAAGAACACCCACCCUGAAGAUCUCAUGACUAUACUGGCAUUUCAAAUUCACCACCCCCAGACUCUUCCCACUCUCCUCCUGCUUUUGUGUCUGGGAGGAGAGCUGCCCCAUCUUUCUUACCCCUAGAAAUGAGCUGCAAUAACAGGAACAUGAGACUUCGCAAAUCUCUGGAGAAAAAUAUCCAAAUGAAAUUAAGUCUCACUGAACAUUUCAAUCAAGAAUGGCAGGGAUCUAUUUUAUUGAAUAUUCUAGCUACUGUAACAUUGAUAUUUAUUUUUGUUUGACAUUUUAACACUUUGUACUGUAAAGAGUGAACUAUAUAUGAUAGAGAAAAAGACAAUAAUUUCUUGCAAAAAAAAAAAAAGAGAGAGCAAAAGGAGGAAAGGAAAAAAGUGAAAUUUAGGAGCAACAUCCUUGGGAGUUUGUGGGACCAGGAGGUAUUAUUGCUACUUGAACAGGGGACCAGUUCUUUUGGCUGUAAGUGACUGAAGAAGAGCCAAAGCAAGACAUACUGAGCAUUUUAGAAAACAAAGAGCAGCAGAAGAAAAGCAAUUCCAGGUAACUUGUGAACAGACCACACUAAAUUCAGCCAGCUUGUCCAGAUGGGUGAUGCAAAGACCUAGAAAAGUUUGGUGACCAGUUACUUGUAUCCAGGGUCUUUGAGGGUAUGUAUUCAAAACUGUGUAUGUGGAAGCUGAUGUCAUUUGUAAAGUUUUAAGCAGCAUUUGGUAGUGAGACACAGGUAGAGUCCAACCUUGUCCUUGACAAAUAUUCCACUUUUUAAUUUUGCCAGUGUCAUGACCUUGGCGAGUGUGUUACCUUGACCAGAGUGUUGAUUUUUCAGACUGGAGUGCCAUUUUCUUGUAUCCUACUUCCUUCCCACCUGUUGACUAUGUCUUUUAGGGAAAAAGGGGGCAGGGGAGGGAGAGCCUGAGGAAGAGAGGAGGAUAAGACAACAGUGUUGGAAAAGCAAAUGUGCAAUUUGUGAAAGGACAUUCACAGAAUGUCUCAGUUUAACUACGUGGAGAAGAUGGGAAGCACCGCUCCCUGGGACCAGGUUGUUUGUCUUCUAGAGUUUUAUUGACUUAAAUGGAACAGUCUUUGAAGGCAGCUAGGAGGUGUAUGAGUCUGCCCAGUGUCCAGUCCCAGACCAUACCCUAUGUUUGUAUUAACUCAUUCUAACCCCAGAAGCUUUCGUGAGUGGCUGCCACAGUCAGAAAAAAGGUAAAGCAGGCAAUUUGCAAAAGGCAGCCCCUCCCCCACCAUAAUAGCUUUUCUGUUAAAUGCUACUUGUAAAAUGUAUUUGGCUCCAUGCAAAUUUGAAUAAUUGGAUUUGGAAAUUCUUAGAACAACUGAUGCUAAGCAGAGAUUGGAAAGAUUUUAUAUUGUCCAAGGCCUGAGUCCUUUCUGUCUCCAGGAUCAUGGGCUCUGAGAAACAAACCAAGGUAUCUCAUGGUGCCUCAGCUUUAAGGAAAUUUUAAUCUAGAAUUUGAUAUAAAAACAGAUGUUGGCCUAGUUUCUGUCUCCAGGAUUAGUCACUGCCAAACACCCUUUCUCGGCUCAAGACCUAGAGAGGAUGGUUUAAACUCUUCGACGCUGCAUCAGAUUGGACAUCAGGCAAGACUUAUACACACAGGUUUUAAACCAUUUCCAAUAGAGGUGAAAGCAUCGCCCUCCUCCAAGUGUCACUGAUUGCAUCAGCCAAAAAGCAAAAGCAGGAGGGAAUUUAGAGCAGUUCCUUUUGCUUGUUUGAUCCCUCCAUUUGUUUACACUUUAUGUUGAGACAUUGAUUUAAAAUUUAGUGUCUAUAAUUUAUAGCUCUUAGGUAGGAUGAAGGAAAAUGUUUAACUUAUACAGAGAGCAGUAUUGUUUCAUUAAAUUAUUCCAUUUUGUAUGAAUUCUGUAGCUGGACUACAUGAAAGAUCUUAAGUUAUGGCAUUAUUAUCAUUGUUAUUUUAUUUUAUAAUAAUUAUUAUCCUCAUUUUCUGUCGAUCAGAAUGUGUGGUUUAUGGUGUAGCACAGUGAUUGUGUUGAUUGCUAACCAUGAGUUAUUAUGGAUUUUUAUGAAGGAAUGAAAAUGGAACUGCCAUGUGGGAGCUCCCUGGUAUUCGUCUUAGCUGUAUUCCCUCAUUUUCUGUGUACAACAACAAUCAUCUGAGGAUGCGGGUACUGCCCUGAGGCCCAGUGGUUAACGCUGUGAUUUUGACUUGAUCACAAAAGCUCCUAGGUGGGCAGAUGACUGAGUGGUGGACAAAGUUCCAAAGCUGUACACUUUCUCAAGUUUCUUAAGAAAUAAAAUCAUGAGAUCCAUUAGAA